CGGUGCUCGGAGGAGAAAACUUGUGGGUUAGGCCCCGGAGUUGGUCGUGGUGGUUUUCCUUGUAGUUGGCUGUCUGAGGCCAGGCCUCCAGUGGAAACGGCGUCACCAUGAUGACCGGACGGCCGGGCCGAGUGCCCUUACAGUUUCUGCCGAACGAGGCCCGGAGCCUACCCCCGCCCAAGCUGACCGACCCGCGGCUCGUCUUCUGUGGCUUCUUGGGCUACUGCGCCGGCCUGGUUGAUAACGCGAUCCGCCGCAGGCCGGUGGUGGCGGCGGGUUUGCAUCGCCAGCUUCUAUAUGUUACUUCCUUUUUUUUUGUUGGGUAUUAUCUUUUAAAACGUCAAGACUACAUAUAUGCUGUGAGGGACCAUGAUAUGUUUGGAUAUAUAAAAUCACAUCAGGAGGAUUUUCCUGAAAAAGAUAAGAAAACUUAUGCUGAAAUUCUUGAAGAAUUCCAUCCAGUGCGUUGAAGUCUCCAGAAUGCUCCAGUUUCGCUGAACCUGUUAUUUCUGAAUUCUACAGAACAUGUUUUCAUGAUGUAAAGUUUUCGUUAAUCUGUAUGUUAACACCUUGUAAUUAAAAUGGUCAUUGUGAGUGCUCUGACUUUCUGUCAUAAGAAAAAUAGUUCAUCAGAGGAUGAUCAGUUGUCAUUCACCCAGUUUUAAGAAGACAUCUAACAGAUUUAAAAAUGGAGUUUAGUUGUAGCUUAGAGUUCAGCAAACUACAGCCUACAGGCCAAAUCUGGUCCAUAAAAAAAUUUUUAUUGGAAUAGAGCUAUGCCUGUCUGUUUACAUGUUUUUGUGUGGCUGUCAUGGUAUAACAGCAGAGUUAAGUAGUUGUGACAGAGACCUUAAGGCCUACAAAGCCUAAAAUAUUUAAUAUUUGGCCCUUCAUGGAAAAAGUUUGUCUGCUCUUGUUCUAGUCUGUGCGUAUAAAACGACCUGGAUUAUGAACGGCUUUGUGUGCCAUGCAGAAUAAUCAUGAUUUAUUCUUACAGGUAUUGCAGAGUCAUUAAAGAGUUUUAAAUGGGAAUGACAUAGUCAGAUUUGUAUUUCUGAGCUCUCUUUGCAGCAAUAUAGAGGAUGGUUUGGAAGGAGGAGACUCAAGAUAGCGAGAACAGUUAGGAGUCUGAUACUGCAGAGGAGUCUUAGAUGGAUAAUUCUGGGGAAAGUAGACUCAGUAGCUAACAUCUGCAGUGGAGCUUGGUGUGAAAAAUACUCCACCUGACUGGAAUGAGGUUGCACUUUAUGAUUUACCAAAUCUGAAUGCUUGACCAAAAAUUUUUGUUUCCAGGCUCAGAUUUUAUAAUCAGAUUACAAUUUGUAGAUUAAUAAAAUAGUUUUGUUUCUUUCAUUUGUAUGUGAUUUCAAAUUAGGUGGCAGUAUGAAUCUCAGCAGAUAGUUCCUGGGCAAAAUUAAAUGAGUUCGGUUUCUAUUCUCCUGAAAUACCACUUGUGAAAAAUGAGAUCAUGUCAGAGAAAUCACUUUAGAAAUGAUAAAGCUGUACAAAUACAAGGUAUUAUUUUUUAUUGCUACUGCAGUAUAGGUUUACAGUUCACCUGUGCUUGGCCUCAUCAAUGGUUAGCAGGUACAAGAGGGUAGACUGCUCAUCCCAAGGGACUCUUAGUUCUGGAGAGUAAAAAGCAAGGGCCAGAAAAGAUACAUAGGUGAGAUGGGAGAAGAAAAGUCAGCCUAUAGUAAUGGCUCUUACAUGCCAGGUACUUUUUAUUCAUCGUCUUGUUUAAUUAUCACAACAAUCUUGUGAUGUACGUUAUGAUAUCCUUAUUUUGUAGAUGGGGAAAUGUAGACUUCAGCAGGUUAGGUAACUUGUCCAAGAGGAAGGAGGUGACCUUUGGUCAGAUGUUAACACUUCGCUCUUUCUGCCUUACCAUACCAGACAAGUAGCUUUGGUUGCUCAUGAACCACUGGCCACAACCCCAAGCUGAUAAGAGGAGUGAGGGGAGUCAUGAAUAGCAGCAAGCAUCCUAAAAGUGAGCCAGUAAUUGUAGUCCAUGAAGUGGUGCUCAAAGGGAGGUGGGGAAGCAUCCCAGAGAACCCAGUCGCCUUCACUUCCAGCUGCAGGUUCAGGCCUUUCUGGUCUCAUCAGUGAUCACGAACUGCCCUGUGUCCUUGUCACAGAGUCUGCCUUCUAUCGUGUAAGGUGAUCUGUGGAGUGCAGAUUUUGUAAAAAAGCCAAGUCAGUAUAAAUCCAAACUAAAGUACUGUCACAAGCCUACUGAAGUAGGAAAAAGAAGAAAAAACUUCAAUGCUGGUGUUGCUGCAGGAAAGCUGGCAGUGCUGCAGCACUGGAGAAA